AUGUCAAGUGGAAAGAAAGGUCAAGGUCGCCAAAAAAUUGAGAUGAAAAAAAUGAGCAACGAGAGCAAUUUGCAAGUGACUUUCUCGAAGCGUCGUAGUGGCCUCUUCAAGAAAGCCAGCGAGCUUUGCACCCUUUGUGGUGCAUAUAUUGCUCUCAUUGUAUUCUCACCUAGUGAUAAGGUGUUUUCAUUUGGCCAUCCAGAUGUUUAUACGGUCAUAGACCGUUAUCUAUCUCAAGUCCCACCCCAAAACAAUAGGAUCUUACAAUUCAUUGAGGCUCACCGCGGUGCCGAAUUGCGCGAGCUUAAUGCUAUGUUAACUCAAAUCAACGAUGCACUAGGCAUCAAAAAGAAGCGCAAGAAUGAGCUGAGCGAUUUAUGCAAGAAGAAUGAGGCUCAGUUUUGGUGGGCUUGUCCCAUUGAAGGGAUGAAUAAGGUCCAACUUCAAUCUUUGAAAGAUGCUUUGUUGGAUCUUAAGAAACGAAUUGAAGAACAUGUUGGUAUGGUUGUAAGUCAGGGGACUCCUACCCAAACCCUUCCGCUUUUUGUUGACAAUGGAUCGUCCUCUAACAUGCCUAUGGAGCACCAGCCAAAUCAUCAACAAGCUUCAAUUUUCCCGGCUGGAUUUUGUCAGAAUCCUAUGUUGCAACCUCAUUUGUUUGGUUUCAACAAUAUGGGAGGAGAUGGUGGACAUGGUCCCUCCGGAUUCUAUUGA